AUGGCUCCAAUUGAUCUUGCACUCGAAUAUCUGCAGUCUCUAGAUCCAGAAGAAAAGAUAAACUACACACAAAUUGCCAAAAAAUUCGGCGUCGACCGCUCAACGCUGUCUAGACGAUACCGCCAAGUCAACGGCUCAAAGGAGGACCAAUACUACGCCCAAGCCUUAUUAGGCAAAGAGCAAUCGGCGCUUCUGAUCACUGUAGUGAACGAGUUUGCGAAACGUGGAGCGUCGCUCUCCAAUGCGAGGCUGGUGGAGUUUGCGAAGUUGAUGACGGGGAAAGAGCCCGGAAAGAAUUGGGCUUCGCGCUGGUUGAAACAGCAUUCGGAUCAGUUGGUUCCUAUACAGCAACGAGAUGAAGAUGAGGAAGAAGACUAUGAAAAAAUACAAGCUCUCAUGGAGGAAAUUGUGCUAUUCAAAUUGGAGCGCGAGAUUCUCAAACUUAAAAUUGCAAAAUUGGAAGACAAGGAUAACGAAUAA